AUGCGUAUUCGCCUACAGCCUCGCAGGAGACCACAAGGUAAGCGACCCCCAGGUAAGCUGAAUGUUGCUUUGUUGUCUUUGCCCGCUCAUCAUCUUCAUUUCAGCAAUGAGCUAGCUCAACGGCUAGACAACCUCCCCAUCGCCGAUGCCGCCGCUGCCGAGAACGCCUCCGUGGAGAACCGCUGGUGUCAACUGCGAGACACGGUCCAGUCGACGGCGCUCGCCGUCCUCGGUCGCGCUCCCCGCCAACACCAGGACUGGUUCGACGACAACGACGCCGCCAUCAGAAAUCUGCUUGCUGAGAAGAACCGCCUACACAAAGCCUACGUAGAUCACCCCACUGAGGACAGCAGAGCUGCCUUCUACCGCAGUCGCCGACAGCUUCAGCAACGACUGCGCGAGAUGCAGGACGCCUGGACUGCUCGCAAAGCUGAGGAGAUCCAAGGCUACGCGGACCGCAACGAAUGGAAGAACUUCUUCUCCGCGAUCAAAGCUGUCUACGGUUCGCCGACGAAGGGCACUGCUCCUCUCCUCAGCGCCGACGGUAGCACUCUCCUGACUGAGAAGACGCAAAUCCUACAGCGAUGGGCUGAGCAUUUCCGAGGCGUUCUCAACCGCUCCUCCGCCAUCUCCGACGCCGCCAUCGAGCGUUUGCCGCAGGUGGAGAUCAACGUGGACCUCGACCUCCCGCCAUCUCUCCAGGAGACCAUCAGGGCCGUGCAGCAACUCUCCAGCGGGAAAGCACCCGGAUCGGACGCAAUCCCUGCUGAUGUCUACAAGCGCGGAGGUCCCCUACUGAUGGAUCACCUGACUACGCUCUUCCAGGAGAUGUGGCGUCAAGGUGAAGUCCCGCAAGAUUUCAAGGACGCAACUAUCGUGUACCUUUACAAGCGAAAAGGGAAUCGCCAAGUCUGCGACAACCACCGCGGCAUCUCCCUACUGAACAUCGCGGGGAAGCUCUUCGCUCGCAUCCUGCUCAACCGCCUCAAUAACCAUCUGGAACAGGGUCUUCUGCCGGAAAGCCAAUGCGGCUUCCGUCGUCAUCGUGGGACCACGGAUAUGAUCUUCGCCGCCCGCCAACUUCAGGAGAAGUGCCAGGAGAUGCGGACCCACCUGUACUCUACCUUCGUGGACCUGACGAAAGUCUUCGACACGGUGAAUUGUGAAGGACUGUGGAAGAUCAUGCAGAAAUUCGGCUGUCCGGAGCGAUUCACUCAGAUGGUGCGUCAGCUGCACGACGGUAUGAUGGCGCGAGUCACGGACAACGGAGCUGUCUCAGAGGCAUUCGCAGUGACCAACGGAGUGAAGCAGGGCUGUGUGCUGGCGCCUACCCUCUUCAGUCUUAUGUUCUCUGCCAUGCUGAUGGACGCCUACCGCGACCAACGCCCUGGAAUCCGCAUCGUCUAUAGAACGGACGGUCAUCUCCUGAAUCACCGACGCAUGAACUUCCAAUCGCGUGUAUCCACAGCCACCGUGCACGAACUCCUCUUCGCCGACGAGUGCGCCCUGAACACCACCUCGGAAGAGGAGAUGCAACGGAGCAUGGACCUAUUCUCCGCCGCCUGCGAGAACUUCGGUCUGAUCAUUAACACGCAGAAGACGGUGGUGAUGCACCAACCUCCGCCCAACUCAGCCACAGCCCCAACGCGCCGCCGCAAAUCAGCGUGA